GAGACUCCAUGAGAAGCCAGAGCAGGCAGCUGCUGGGAAGCUCUGGCACCACAUGCUUUUCCUGUGCUGAGCUGUGGGAUGUGCAGCUGGGGCACAUUUCGGGACUGCCUUCAGAAACGCCGCGCAGUAGCAGCAGUCCUGAAAAAAUUUUUCAGCAGUGCUGAAAAAAUCUGGAAUCAUUUUAAGUCACCAGUCUAUCAGCUGCCUGCUUUGAACACAACUUGACCAGUUACUACUAGGAAGAUGUAACUAUGACAGAGUACUCUUGGUUUUGCAGGAUUUGAACACUCCAAAUGCAGAAAUGAUUUGGCAACUAACAUCUCACUGGUCAGCCCUGGUUGCACCCCUGAUUUUUGCUCUGCUUCUGCAAGCACCAUUCACACAGCCCUCCACCAUCACACAGCCAAACUUUGUGCUGUUGCUGGCUGAUGAUCUCGGCAUAGGGGAUGUAGGUUGCUAUGGGAAUGAUACAAUCAGGACCCCGAACAUCGAUGGCCUGGCAAAGGAAGGAGUGAAGCUGACCCAGCACAUCGCUGCAGCCCCGCUCUGCACGCCCAGCAGAGCAGCUUUCCUCACUGGCAGAUAUCCCCUCCGAUCAGGGAUGGAUGCUAUAAAUGAUUACCGUGUUAUAUUUUGGAAUGCUGGCUCAGGAGGGCUUCCUCCAAAUGAAACCACUUUUGCCAAAAUACUGCAGCACCAAGGCUACAGCACAGGACUGAUAGGGAAGUGGCAUCAAGGUGUUAACUGUGAAUCCCGCAAUGACCACUGCCAUCACCCUCUAAAACAUGGAUUUGACUACUUCUAUGGGAUGCCUUUCACACUGAUAAGUGACUGUCAGCCAACAGAACCACCAGAGAUGGACAGAGCCUUCAGAAGGAAACUCUGGCUUUCCACUCAGAUGAUUGGCCUCAUUCCACUCACUGCUGUCCUUGGGAGACUGACCGGCCUGAUUUCAGUCCGCUGGAGAACCCUGACCUGCCUUGCUGGGUUCAGCCUCCUGUUCUUCAUAUCCUGGUUCUCAAGUUAUGGAUUUGUACGGUACUGGAACUGCAUUAUGAUGAGAAACCAUGGAAUCACUGAGCAGCCAAUGGUGACAGACAGAACUACGUCCCUUAUCCUGAGAGAGUCCAUUUCCUUUAUUGAAAGAAAUAAGCACAAGCCAUUCCUCCUCUUUCUUUCCUUUUUGCAUUCCCACACCCCUCUCCUCACCACAGAGAAAUUUCUUGGGAGGAGCAGACAUGGUUUAUAUGGAGACAAUGUAGAGGAGAUGGACUGGAUGGUGGGCCAGGUUCUAGAUGCCAUUGACAAGGAAGGCUUGAAAGAAACUACACUAGUUUACUUUGCCUCUGAUCAUGGUGGAUGGCUGGAAAGACAAGAAGGUGAAAGGCAGUUGGGUGGCUGGAAUGGAAUAUACAAAGGUGGAAAAGCUAUGGGAGGCUGGGAAGGAGGAAUCCGUGUCCCAGGGAUAUUUAGAUGGCCAGGAGUGUUACCUGCGGGCACAGUUAUUGAUGAACCUACAAGCCUGAUGGAUAUUUAUCCUACAGUAGUGCAUUUGGCUGGAGGGGAAGUUCCUCAGGACAGGGUGAUGGACGGCCGGGACCUGCUGCCUUUACUGCGAGGAGCGGUGGCACACUCGGAGCACGAGUUCCUGUUCCAUUACUGCGGCGUGCACCUACACGCCGUGCGCUGGCACCAGAAGGACACUGGAGCUGUUUGGAAGGCUCAUUACAUGACUCCCAUUUUCAGUCCUCCUGGAGCCGGGGCUUGUUACGACAGAGGAUUUUGCCAAUGCUUUGGGGAAGGAGUGACCCAUCAUGAGCCUCCCCUGCUGUUUGAGCUCUCACAAGACCCUUCUGAAGCCAAACCUCUCUCGGCUGACACGGAGCCCCUCUUUGACACUGUCAUUAGGAGGAUUGGCAGAGCCAUAGAGGAGCAUCGCAGGACCCUGACUCCAGUGCCAGAGCAGCUCUCUGUGUCCAACGUGGUGUGGAAGCCGUGGCUGCAGCCGUGCUGUGGGACGUUCCCAUUCUGUUGGUGUGAUAAGGAAGGUGAUAAUAAACUUGCUGACAUAUAAAGGAGAGAG